AUGAUGUUCACUGGAACAAAUCAGCAGCAGGACUCCCGGUUCUCGGACAAGGAGAAGAAGCUGUUGAAGCAGAUGAAGUUUAGCGACAAUCUCAACAAGCGCGUCGACAUGUCGAAGGUGAAGCUGGACGUGCUGCGGCCGUGGAUUAGCCAGAAAAUCACUGACAUGCUAAACAUCGAGGACGACGUGAUCGUUGAGUUCGUGUACAAUCAGCUCGAGGAAGAAAAGUUCCCUUGCCCGAAGAAAAUGCAGAUCAACCUGACCGGCUUUCUGAAUGGAAAGAAUGCUCGCGUGUUCAUGGAGGACUUGUGGUCACUGCUUCUGUCGGCACAAGAAUCCGAAACAGGGAUACCGGCCGAGUUUAUACAGCAGAAAAAGGACGAAAUUUUGAAGCGCGAAGAGGACGCCAGGCUGCUGGAAGACGGUGGUCGUGGACGGCGUUCCAGAAGUCGUACUCGCGACAAGGACGAUGCGACGGGAAAAUCGAAAGCCAAGAACGUUGUGAGGCAAAUGUACAAACCGGAGCCGGAAGACUAUGUUGACGAGGAGGAAAAAAUGAUUGAAGAGUUCAUCGAGGCGGAUGUUCCGAAGGAGUCGAAAAAGUUACCACCUACCGUUGCCCCGGGGGAAGCGAUCAAGAAUGAUGGCAAAAGUGUGGCGGCGGCACCCUUGGACAAAAGUUCCCGAGACGCUGCGGGAGCUCGCCGAAAGUCGGUUGAACGUGGUAAAUCGACCGAGCGUAACGAUCGAAAUCGCCGCAAGUCUCGUGAGCGCUCGCGAUCACGGACCGAUCGACGGGCAUCAUCCCGUGAUCGGAGGGGUUCGAGAUCGGGCCGCCGAUCGCCGGUGGAUCGAUCGCGUAAACGGGGCAGCCGCUCGCCGAGAGACAAACGUGCAAACGAUCGAGAUCGGCGACGAUCCCGCAGCAGCUCUCUGUCCAAGAAGGAGAACAAAAACGGCAACGGAAAUUCAGCUGCUUUGUCCAAACUUCAAUCGAAGCUAAUGAAUAUGGCAGAAGGGAAAAAGGCGGUUAAACAAGGUGGCAGUGAUUCAACGGUUGGUUCACGUUCUAGAAGCCGAUCCGGGUCCGCCAAACCGACCAAUAGAAAACCGACUCCCGAAAGUCGCUCACGAUCCGGAUCGAAGCUCAGGUCCAAAAAGUCGAAGAAAGGCCAUCCCGGCACACGAUCUCACAGUUCAAACGAUUCGUCGGAUUCUAGUUCAUCCAGCAGCGAGGAUGAGCGGAAGGCAAACCCGACUGCCGCGGCUGGCAGUAAGAAGCGCAAUGGGCGAAACAGUCGCAGCCGUAGUCGUAGCACGAGCCGCAAUCGGCGAGGCGAUACGUCACGUAGUCGCUCCGGAAGCAGCCGAUCUGUGUCCAGGGGUCGUAAGCAGGACGUCGAUUUCGAGAUUCAAAAGAAAGAAAACAGCGUCCAGAAGAAGCGCCACUAUCGUUCGAACAAGGACUCUUCGGACUCGGAAUCGGAGGCGCAUCCGAACAGAGGACCGCCAACGUCACGCCGGCGGCCGGCCGAUGGUGACGGUCCAGACCGUGGUAAGCCCGGCGGCAGAUCGGGUGGUGGUCGGGGGGAUCGCGAUCGACGCUCACUGUCUCGAGGGCGACCUCGUGAAGAUCGGGGUGGGCGCAACGCUCGUUCACGGUCUCGCUCUAGAAAUCGAUCUCGCUCACGAUCACCGAGACGUCGAUCAAGAUCUCCGGGGCGUCAUAGUACACGUGGAAAUACACGUGAUGUUAAUUUUAAUCGUCGACGAUCACCACCAUCCCGUGGUGGCGGAGCACCAGGACGAGGACCAGACAAGGACAGGGAUCGGGAGCAGCGGGAUCGAGAACGAGACCGCGAUCGUGCUGCAGCUGGCAACGCAUCGAAUCAACAGCAACGCUACGCGAGUCCAUCGCGAGGCCGUCGUCCCGAUCCGCGGGACCAACGUACCAACCGUGAGCGUCGCUCAGGUGACAGUGGUCGCGAUCGAGAAACGCAAAACACUUCCAAGUGGCGUCGAUCGAACGAACGCGAACAGCAUCCGCAGCAGCAGCAGCAACGUCACCAGCAAAUGGGGCCACCGGCAUCCAAUCGGUACGACGAUCGAGAUCGAAACCAACGAGAAGCUGUCGGGAAUCGAAGCUCGGCUGCCGGUGGUGGUGCUCGCCGCGGAAGUCCAGAACGGAACAGUGCCGAGCGACAAGAUAGGCAUUCAAACCGAAGUAGUAGCAGUUUGAUUCGAGGACGUAAAACUUCCGAAAGUCCCGCCGGAUCGACGGCCCAGCGAUCCACUACCACCAAGGUUUCGAAUGCUCGAGAUUCCGUCGAAAUCGUGACGGAUGACGGUGGUUCAGCCGAGCGUAACAGUCGGAACUCGGCCGAUUCAAAAGGAGCUACGGUUGUGGAGCGAGGCCAUAGUGAUGAAAAGGAGGAACGUCGUUCCGGCGGUGCUCGUAAGCAACAACCGGAAUUGGCUAGAAAAUCGGACGAACCGAUAGUAGCGGCUACCGUUCAUGAACGGUCCAAAGAAAGCUCCUUAAAAUCGGCCCCGAUCGAGGAUGUUAAAAAGCAUCCAAAGCAUCCUCCCGUCACAACUUCUCGCACCGCCCGGUACAGUCAGAGCCUUUCGCGCACACCUUCACCGUUCCUCAAACCACACGAACGUGAAGCCGGUCUUAAUGUUUCGAAUCAGCGAAACGAAAAGAUUACCGCUGUAGCACCAACGGCCCAGAAACAGCUCGUAAAGGCGACUAAAGUGCUAACAAGUAGCAGUGGCAAGCAACAACAGCAGCAGAGUUCGGGCAGUGAAGAGGAGGACAGUUCCGGUAGCGAAAGUGACGAAUCGCACGAGGUAACUAAAAAAGCGAACCGACGAGAGGACGGCGAACGAAAACAGCGCGAGGCAACCGCGGCAGCACUCAAGAAGGAGAAAUUCAAGCGUAAGCAAGAUUCGAAGGCGCACCGUGGCAAGCACCGCUCCUCUUCGACGUCCUCUUCGACAAGCAGCGAAGAGGAAGAGGAGGACGACGACGAUGAAGACGAUGAACCAGCGAACAAGUCCUCCGACGAGAGCCAUGCCGAUAAGCGAAAAUCGAAGAGCAAAGACCGACGGCCACCAAAGAACGCUCUUAAAGUGUCAUCCCAUUCGGCGGACUUUGCGCACGGCCCGGCGGAUGAUCAUCGGAAAAAGUUUGCGACCGUAGCAGCACCACCCACGGCGAAGGAGAGCAUUUCAAGAAAGCAUCGGGACAGCCCAUCAUCAGCUGAUCACCAGCAUGGCAAGAAGCGCAAACCAACGAGCACUUCGGCGGAGGGCACCCGGGAGGCGCUUGAAGAGUCCACGAAAGUGAAACUGAAGGAAAGUAACUCCUCGAAAGUGAGGCUUGCCGCCGCAGCAUCGACCAAGGGUCCGCCCGCUGGCACCGCCAUCGACGAGCGGGAUUCCUCCUCGUCGAGCGAUUCAGAGCGCCAGCGCAAGAAGCGUCGCAAGGAGAAAAAGCGUCAGCGGGACGCUUCGGAGGACGGUAGCUCGUCGGACUCGGAGUCGGGUAGCAAGCGCAAGAAGCACAAGAAACACCGGAAGCAUUCGAAAAAACACAAGAAACACAAAAAACACAAGAAAUCGAGCAAAUCGAGCAAGUACCGUGGGGGCAGCUCUUCGUCCUCUUCCGACGACGAUGGUGAUGGCGGUGCGGUGCGAGCGAAGAAGAGUGCACCGAUCGGUGGUACGGCCAUCAAUGACGAUCUGGAGAAGCAGCUUCGCGAGCGGGCCCUCAAAUCGAUGAAGAAACAGCAAAGCACUUCCGACUGAAAGCGCUCGGUGCCGUCACCGCGGCGGCACUGGGGAACGAGGCAAAUCACUGUCACGCAUCGCCGUGACGACUAGGCGGACACGACGGACACACCUAACGGAACACCCGGCGUUUGGACAAACUAGAGGUAAAGUAAAGGGUUUUUGCGUUACACGGAACGCAGCACGGAGAGGUUGGCUACAUGAUUCCUAAGAACUUGAAAGGUGGAAAACAAUGGUCGAGAUUUUUUGAAUAUAGCGCCGCAAUGAGAAGCGGCAACGUUGUAUAAAUAGACUCUAGACGAAUAGGAUGGGUUGGCCUGUAGAAGCCUCCGAGUUUCCGAAAGGAACUCGACCGUUGGCUGGACAGAUUACGGUGUAUGAUAAGUACACGGUUCAAUGGAAGCGAUUUCAGGAGUAAAAGUUAAUAAGUUAUGAAAGUGGCUUCACCAACGGUCGGUUAGACGGCAAAGGGGCACAGUUCUUAGAGGAAGAAAUUGACAACAUGAUACCCAAUACACACACACACACCAUUCGGAACUGGUAAAUGUGAGAGGCGUCCGUUUGGAACAGUGAGGUACGGUUUUACUAAUAAGCGCACGAGCUCAGUGGCCGGUACACCUGGAGGUACUGAUCCGUUCGCGUUCCGGAACGAGCAACGAGGGACGAGGGACAUCCAGGCCAUGCUGUGUUAGAUGAAAUACUUGAAACAAAUGAUAUCCACACUGCGCGGUAGCCAGUCACGAUCCAACGAUCUUCGAACACAACUACCACCAGGGCACUUGACACAUUUUUUUCCUUAUCACUCUCUUGGACCUUGCACGCGCGCGCCCCGCAAGUCACCGUGUAUGGCCCGGUCUGCGGCUGGGGCACAUUAUUGAGCAGAAUGUUUAGCUUUAAGAAAACCAUCCUAGACUAAAGUAGCAACCGCUAAGAAGUACUAAGUUAAUGAAUUCUCUCUCGCUUACCGGAAAUGAGUGUAUGAAUUUGUGUAGCUCGAUAACGGAUCGUAGAUCGCGAACAACGAUCACGAUCUACUUGCGGUAAUCCCACAUUAAAGAGAAAGCGCUAGUGUCGAAAUUGGUCUACUAGAAGCGCCCGAGUACAGACAUUACGAAUGCUAGAGGACUCCAAAAGAUCCGUACGCAGCCGGCCCGUAGUCGAAGAUGGAUAGUGAAAGCGUUCGCGGAAAAAAGGAAAAACAAAUAAUAUAAACAUAAUCUCGCAUCGUGUGAAAUUUGUCUCAAUUUUCAAAACAACAUACGGCGACCGGCAAACAACAGAAUGGGGAAACAAACA